AUGUCUGUACCGUACGACCGCGCCAUGGACUUGCUGAGCAACAGCCAGAAUGGCCAUGUCUCCGCCUCUCAGCGCAUUCCCGCCAUCGCGCGGCCAUUCGUCAGCGAGAGAGCGGCGAAGACUCUCGAUAUUGUAGAGAAGUUUGUCGAGGAAGAAUGCAUCCCCGCCGACGCUGUUUACGUGCGCCAGAUCGGCCAGACGGUCCAAGAGCGCUUUUCGUCACAUCCAUCCAUAAUCGAGGACUUGAAGAAGCGGGCACAAGAACUCGGACUGUGGAACAUGUUCCUGCCGAAAGCACACUUCAAGGAGGGUGCUGGUUUCAGUAACUUGGAGUACGGACUCAUGGCUGAGUACCUGGGCAAGAGCCGGACAGCGUCUGAGGCUGUCAACUGCGCUGCUCCUGAUACCGGCAACAUGGAGGUCAUUGCCAAGUACGGUACCGAGGCACAGAAGAGGAAGUGGCUGGACCCGCUGCUCCAGGGCAAGAUCAGGUCUGCGUUCUUGAUGACGGAGCCUCAGGUUGCGUCGAGUGAUGCUACCAACAUUGAGAUGACCAUCAAGAAGGACGGCGACCAUUACGUCUUGAACGGCCAGAAAUGGUGGUCAUCAGGCAUUGGCGACCCUCGCUGCAAGAUCUUCAUCGUCCUCGGAAAGACGGACCCCAACAACCCCGACAAAUACAAGCAGCAAUCCGUCAUCCUCGUCUCCAACGACACCCCCGGUGUGACGAUCCACCGCAUGCUCUCAGUCAUGGGUUUCGACGACGCGCCCCACGGCCACGGCCACGUUACCUUUGAGAACGUCCGUGUCCCCGCCAGCAACAUGGUGCUCGGCGAGGGCCGCGGUUUCGAAAUCAUUCAAGGCCGUCUCGGACCCGGCCGUAUCCACCACGCCAUGCGCAGCAUUGGAUCUGCCGAGAAGGCGCUAGAAUGGUUCCUGGCGCGCAUCAACGACGAGCGCAAGAAGCCGUUUGGCCAGCUGCUCAACAAGCACGGCAUCAUGCUCGAGCGCGUCGCCCGCUCACGCAUCGAAAUCGAUGCUGCGCGUCUUGCCGUCUUGAACGCCGCUAUCAAGAUUGACGAGACGAAUGCAAAGGGCGCGCUCAAGGAGAUUGCCGAAGUCAAGGUCCUUGUCCCCGAAGUCAACCUCAAGGUCAUCGACUGGGCGAUGCAGGCUUACGGUGGUGCGGGUGUUAGUCAGGAUACGCCGCUCGCGCAGAUGUGGUCGAGUGGUCGUACGAUGAGGAUUGUGGAUGGGCCGGAUGAGGUGCAUUUGCUGCAGUUGGGUAAGAAUGAGAAUAAGAGGGGGUUGGCGCAUAAGCAGAGGAUUGAGGCGCAGCAGAAGAAGGGUGAGGAGUUGUGCAGGAAGUAUGGUAUUGAGCCGAGGGAUCCGUUGUAUCUUAACAGGACGAGUGGGGAGGCGAGUAAGCUGUAG